UUACUUACGUCAACUCUCAACUUAUUAUUUCAGAAAUUGUCAUCUAUGAACAUCAGCUGAAAAUUAUCGUGUUUAUGCGUAGUACUUGUGUUUAUUUUUAUAUCAUUGCAAGUGAUAGACAAGAUGGCAACAGGAGUAAAACCUCGUGACGAUGAACCAACUCUUACAAGAACUGAUAUUGAGGCAAUUCAAGAGGCUAUGAAAAGUAAGAAAUUUCGAGAAAUGUUAGCCGACUACUGCGAUGAAGUACGUGACCCGGCGAAUCAAGCUCUCUAUCAAAAAGAAAUGACCCAAUUGGAAAAGGAAAGGGGCUAUGAUAUCACUUUUAUUAAUCCAAAAGGUGGCUAUGUUAUUAAAACAAGCGUCGCUGGCGAUAGAAAAGCGUUUAUAAACAUUUGUAGUAAUGAGAACAUCGGCAAACCAUUACAUUCCGUCGAGAGCGUGAACGGCCAGAAAGGUAUGAAUUGGCAAAUCCCUUAUUCAUUGAUCCCUCCAAGGGAAGAUUACGAUAACAAGAAACAGCGGUGUAUAAUUUACGAUGUUGUUUUCCACCCUGACACAUUGCGCAUGGCAGAGGUUAACGAACGUUUUCGAGAAAUUGUAAACAAGACAGCCUUCGAUGGUCUUCAAAGUACUUAUAAAAUCCAUUUAGACAUUAACAAUUGUCGUUUUCCUAAAUCGUUUUACAAAGGAAUGACAACAUCUGCAGUUUUUAGAAAAGAAGAUCCUAACUUUAAACCCCCAACAGAAGAAGAUAGUAAGGAACUUUCACCGGAAAUAAUAGAAAAAUUGUAUCCUCAGCAUAAUUACACAAAACAAAAAGAGCCACAGGAAAGUAGUGAAGUUAAAACUCAGGCAAAGAGAAAAGCUGAGCCUGAGAAAAAGGAGUUCUCACACUCAAUAGAUGAAGGCUACACAAUACCUAAGUAUAUUAUAAAACAACAGAAAAAUGUAGACUUACAAGACUACACCUUUCAUAAAAAUAGCAAACAAUAUUCUGCAAUCCCUAGUCAAUUGGUUGUGGAGAUUAACUUGCCAUUGAUUUCUUCUACUAAAGAUUGCAUUUUGGAUGUAAAUGAAAAAUCUCUAAGUUUGGUUGUGGAAAAACCCGCAAAGUACAAACUUAAUUUGACACUUCCUUAUCCAGUAGAUGAUAAUUGUGGUAAUGCUAAAUUUGACAAAACAAAACACAUGUUAAUUGUCACUUUACCAGUAAUAAGAAAUGUACAAGACAAUGGUCAUGACAAUUUGAAAUUGUUAAAAGUUGACAGCGGUGUUGAAAGUGAAGAAAAUUCUGGAUCCCAAAGUGAUGAAGAUAAUACUAAUGGGAAGAAAAUUAUUGUAUUAAGUUCUAACGAAACUUCUGAUUCAAAUCCUCCUGAAUUAGAAAAAGAAACAAUAACAGAUGAACCAUUCUUAGAAACUUCCAUUAGUUAUGUACUGCCUUCUUAUACACAUAAUAUCUUAGAUGAUGUUAUUGCAUUUACUUUCCAUGUAAAGAAUACAGAGCCAGAAUCUGUAAUGGUGAAGAAUGAUGGAAAUGAAAUUACCAUAAAAUUCACAACAAUUGGUUCCGGUUUUGUACCAGUGCAUCAUGCAGCUAUUAUUGUCUUUGGUGACAACAUAAAAUUCAAGACGGUGAAUGGAGAAGCUUGGGAUAAUAAUGUCAUACUUCAGCUAGAGCUUGCUGGUGAUAUACCACAAAGUUUCAAUAUUGGAUUGACUAAAGAUUCCAUGACUACUGAACACCUAGAUGCAUCUCAAAUAAAACAGUCUUAUCAAGUGGAAGAAAGCAAUGUUGUUAGUUCUCAAGAUGAAGUUCAAUCACCAUUUGUUGAAGUUACUAACUUAGGAUUGGAGACAAAUAUAGUUGUCUCAUCUAACUGCGGUAAGGAUGAAGAAUGCGAAAGGGAGAAAGAAAAUGAUAUUGUUUGGGUGAAUUCUGGUACAUGUGAGAAUGGUGCUAAGAGUAUACUUCGUAAAUCAAUGUCAAUGAUGCGUAGCUUUUCUGAAUCCAGUGCGGGUGAUGUUGCAUCAUCAAUGGACUAUAUUAGUUCUGAUUAUAUCCCAGAAGAGUCCAGUUUGAAAAAGACUGUUAGGUUUAGUGAUGUUAUUGCGAGGCAAUUCUACAGAUAUAAUUCAUCUAUAGAAGGCCAAAAAAAGAAAAAUCAAAGAAGGAAAAGUAAAAAACGGAACCAGGAAAGACGUAAAAGUGAGAGUGAGGCUGAGGAAGAAACAAACAAUUCUAUUAAGUCAUCAAAACCGAGGUUAAAAUCUGUCCUGAAGCAGAGACGUGACAGCGGACUUGCUGAUACAUCUGAUGCUGAAGCGGAAUGCAAGAACAUGCCAUCAGACUCGGAGUUAUCCUGUGACAGCACUAACAGUGGCAAUAAAGAUGUUAAUGCUAAUGCCGGAGACAUACCAUCGUUAAAUGUUGUUGAUAAAAACGGAAAUACAAAUAAUAAGUAUGAACCUCACAUAUGGAAGUCGAAAAACCAGCCCAUUACCAAUGUUAAGAAACAAAACCCAGUAACUUGUGAUAAUAUAAAACAUACUACGGAUUUCUAUAAUCCGGAGAAACUAAACAAAGGUCAAUACACAGAAGUUAUGUUUAAGAAUGAUCUCAUAUUUGAUUUGGACAUGUGAGGUAGAUGUCCAAUUUCAAAGAAGCCAUAAGUAUAUAUUUUAAUUUAGUAUAUAGUUGCACCUGUAGUUUUGUUGUGUAGAAUUUGAAUUGGGGUAUAUUUGUUUUUAGUAUCUUUCCAUUUUGUGUAAUUGUUUCUUUAAACUUAAAGAUUUCCUAUAAGUUAGCUGAGUUUAUGACAAUGGUUUUGUAGUAAACUCAUUUACUUUUGUAAUAUUAAUUUGUUCAUCGUUUGAGUCAAUUAUUGAUUACAAAGAUACAUGUAUUUACAAAUGAAAUAAAAUUAAGAUUUCAUAAAUUUUAUAAAUCGAAUAAGAUAAAUGUAAAACUUAUUUGAAAUAAUUGGGUAUUGAUUAGAGCAGGCUCAUUUUUGGACAAUAUUUUUUUAUAAAUGUUGUUUAAAGGUACAAAUUAGAUUAUUAUUGUGGCAAGACACAUAUAUUAACUGGCAACACCUACCUCUAGAUUAGUUUAUAUGAAACAAAUCUUUUUACACCGUCAUAGAAUAAAUAUCAUAGAGUAAUAAAGUUUUAAUAUUAACAUUUUUAUUAUAAUAAUUUUUAAAUCUUUUAGAGAAAGUAUUACCCGGCCACAGGUACAAAGGUACUUGCUCAAUUCUUGUUAGUGCCUUGUUUAAAGUAUUUUGAUUGAUUAUUAUUAGUAUUGGGUCCAGCUGUGAAACCCAAAUGUUUAAUUGGUUUGAGCUGUUGUCAUAAACCAUGCAUUUAAUUUUGUUAGUACGUAGUGUAGUGUGUAUUUAAAUUUAGAUAUGUUUAACAAAGAAACUUUAAACGGAGAAUGUGAUGAUUUAAUUAAUGGUUUAAUAGAAAAUC